AUGACUUUGAAGAAACAGUUACUACUUGCUUUGACAACCGAAGAAUCUGUAAAAGACUGAAAAGGUAAGCUGCAAACAUGGCGUUACCAGUAAAUAAACAUGACAAUGACAAUUUCUUUAAGACAGAAAUUUCCCAUUCCUCGACAGAUCAAAAUAAUGUCAAUACUAAAUCUAAAGGGCUCCCAACGGAAAAGGAGUCUGAACAGAUCAAUCACCAUAAUCAAGAUCUUCGACAGAAAACGCCAGAAAAAUACAAACCGGAAAUAGGGUUGGUCCACAUGAGGCGAACUCCAACACCAUCUGAGGGAACCAGAAAGCCGCCAUUGAAUGAGCAACCAGAUGGACAUUUCUUCAAAUUUAUGAACAUGCGCAAAAUUGCUAAACAAGUUCGAAAAGUGCAAAUCAAUCGACAGCGCCGAUUAGAUUAUACCGGAAAUGAAACUAUAGAACAUAAAGUAAGAAAAUUUAAGCCGGAAGAUAUAGAACCGAUCAUUUACGGAUUCCUUAAAGACAAUUUAGAAUUUUGUACGUACGAUUCUGAAGAAUGUAAACAUCUUUCUAUGGAACUAAGUGAAGAACUAAAAGAUGUUGUUAAAGCUAUGAAGUUCCCGCGUUACAAAUUCGUCACCAUGGUUACAAUAGGACAGAAGAAUAAACAAUGUGUAAGCAUUGGAAGCCGGUCAAUUUGGGAUAAAGAUAUGGAUACAUACGCAAGUGUACAUUACUCAAACGAAUCAAUAUUUGCAGUUGCAAUUGUUUUUGCAACAUUUUUUGAAUGAUUAGUUAUAUCAUAUGUAUACAUUUAUUUAGAGCGUUUCACUAUUAUAU